AUGCAAAUAUGCGUGCAGGUCAACUUGACCGCAGAGAGCUUGGCUAAUCAGUGGGACGCCUUCACCAUCCGAAAUCCAAAGUGGGCUGAGCUUAGCACUAGCAAUCUAGAAAAGUUGAAUCAAUAUUUGCGUAGGAGAAACUCGCGACCAAAUGCGGCGAGGGAUUGCCAGACGAAAAGCAACCAAAAUACCGAAAGAAUAACUUUAGAUCAGGAUGCACUGAAUUACAAAAACGAUUGUUUUGUGCCCGCAGAAGUUUCUUCUACGGAGCAACUAAAGAGCAGUCUUGACUGUUCGGCUAGCUUGAGUCAGAACAAGGAGAGCCUCGCGAGCCUGAAGUUUUUGAGCGUUGACUAUUCUCAAUCAGAGAAUUUUCUUCCGGACCUGGCUGACUUGUUCAAAAUUCUUCCAAAUAGCAAAUUUGGCAGCCGUUCAGACAGGGAGGAGAUUGUGUGGGCACAUUCUUCGAGUAAGGCUUACCAAAACCACAAAAUGGAGCGAGCGCAUAAUACGAGUGUGCCAAAGGUAGAAAUCGCGCCUCCAUGGAACUCUCCUGUUUUUUUGAAAGGCUACGAGUACAUGUACAACGAUUUUGCACAAAGUGCCAAGUUUAGUUCCGCCAGGCUCAAAGAAAUCACCGAGUUGAUCGUCGAACGGAAUUCCCUCGAAGCGCCUAUACCCAUACUGUCUCAAGUGACUCAUACGCCCGUUACGGCGUGUGGGAUCCUUGUGCCAGAAGAAGGUGAGAAGCUGAACGAGAGAUCGGUCUGUUUGCAGAGCGGUGCUGUAAGAGUCAAGCUCGACCUGUUGGAUAUCGCACAAUGCUCGCUCUUCUCAGGUCAAAAAGUGGUGGUGCGAGGUGUCAAUCCGUAUGGCAUUCGUUUCAUUGCACAAGCCAUCUAUACAGAUGCCACACCCGAGCCUAGAUCGAACGAUGUCAAAAGUGUCUCCCUUAGGGCCUCGGGGCUUAUAAUCGUGGUUGCACACGGGCCGUUUACGUCGUCGGAGGAUCUCGCCUACGAGCCGCUUUUCGCAAUUUUGGAAAGGGUGAAGGCUUGCCGACCGAACGUGCUUAUCUUGAUGGGGCCGUUCGUCGACGAGAGCCACCCGCGCAUUGCAGGUGGGAAUUGCCCAGUUGAUUUUCAAGUCAUCUUCGAACACCUGGUCAGGAAAAUAGGGGCUGCGGUAGCGCUGCUUGACACUCGAGUGGUAAUUGUACCGUCCUGUCGCGAUGUUCAUCACUGCAAUAUCUUGCCUCAGCCGGCGUUCCAAAUCGCGUCCAGCGGAGGUGAUACGGAGCGCUUCGUAUACGCGCCCAACCCGAGCAUCCUUCGAAUCAAUGACUUCGACUUUGGCAUUUUUGCAGAGGACAUUCUGUCCUGCCUUUAUUCGGUGGGAUUUGUUAAAAAAAGUGCUGAACCCGAAACGAAUUCCAGUACAAGUUUAUUUUCACAUUGCCUGCAACAACAGUCGUUCAUGCCUGCUCUAAGUAGCAACAUGUGCGUAGCGGUCGAUCAGUACGAACGCGGCUGUACCAUGCCCUUCAAGCCCGAUGCCUUGAUUUUGGGCUCCGCAAUGAGCCCGACCUGCCAGGAUGUGCAAGAUACACUAUGUAUCAACACAGGCGAACUCUGCAAGGAGACCAACGGCGGAACCUUCGCGAUUAUUCAGGUUGAGGAAAUGGACGAAGCAAACGCACAAGCACCGCUAGCAGAAAGAGCUAGCGUACAAAUUGUUAAAAUAUAA